CGGCAGGCUCGUGCCCGGGCUCGCCCCGCGCCGCGCCACAGGCUCGCGCACUCAGCAGGUUGGGCUGCGGCGGCGGCAGCUGAGGCGCUGAAGCGCUGCGUGUGAGAGGUCCCAGGCGCGUCUGCGGCUCCGGCUCCUCCGCCCUCACCCCAGCCUCCGAGCCGGGUGCUGAGAAGGGAGCCGCUCUAGCCUUCGGACCCCUGAGCACGCCCCUGGCUGCUUCCGACACCGCCUUCGUUCCCUUCCCAGCCUCGGGCCUCGCUCGGUGCUAGGCGGCUCUGAGGGGAGGCGGCGGCGACGGCUGCCUGUCUGUGUCGAGGGGCCCUGCCCUCCGGUCUUGCUCCGCUCCGGGCCCUGCAGGGGCCGAGAGAGCUGGGCGCCCGCCCAUUCUCUAGCCUCUCCGUCCACUGGUUGGAGCCGCGUCGGUCCGGGAGGUCUUUGGGCUGAGGCGGCGCAGCUCCUCCGGCUCCAUCAUGUCCGCGGGCGGAGACUUCGGGAAUCCGCUGAGGAAAUUCAAGCUGGUGUUCCUGGGGGAGCAGAGCGUUGGAAAGACAUCACUGAUUACCAGAUUCAUGUAUGACAGUUUUGACAACACCUAUCAGGCAACAAUUGGUAUUGACUUUUUAUCAAAAACAAUGUACUUGGAGGAUCGAACAGUACGAUUGCAAUUAUGGGACACAGCAGGUCAAGAGCGGUUCAGGAGCUUGAUUCCUAGCUACAUUCGUGACUCCACUGUGGCAGUUGUUGUUUAUGAUAUCACAAAUGUUAACUCAUUCCAGCAAACUACAAAAUGGAUUGAUGAUGUCAGAACAGAAAGAGGAAGUGAUGUUAUCAUCAUGCUAGUAGGAAAUAAAACAGAUCUUGCUGACAAGAGGCAAGUGUCAAUUGAGGAAGGAGAGAGGAAAGCCAAAGAGCUGAAUGUUAUGUUUAUUGAAACUAGUGCAAAAGCAGGAUACAAUGUAAAGCAACUCUUCCGACGUGUUGCAGCAGCUCUGCCUGGAAUGGAAAGCACACAGGAUAGAAGCAGAGAAGACAUGAUUGACAUAAAACUGGAAAAGCCUCAGGAGCAACCGGUCAGCGAAGGAGGCUGUUCCUGCUAAUCCCCCGUGGCAUCUUUAGCUUUCCUCCAGAAGCUCACUGCUUUGGCCCCCUUACUCUUUCAUUGACUGCAGUGUGAAUAUUGGCUUGAACCUUUUCCCUUCAGUAAUAACGUAUUGCAAUUCAUCAUUGCUGCCUGUCACAUGGAGAUGAUCUAUUAGCUUCACAAGCACAAAAAAGUCAGUGUCUUCAUUACUUAUAUUUUACAAAAAGCCAAAUGAUUCCAGCAUAUUCCAGUGAUAACUUUAACAAUUAGAUACAUUUUCUUAACAUUUUUCUUCCUUUUUAAUGUUAUGAGAAUGUACUUCUACAUGAUGGAAAUCUCAACAGUAUGUGGCUUGGUUAAGGAGCAGUUGUUCACAAGAGCACUUGCCUACCUACUUGAUCUCUUCCUGUUUCACUCACUCCUCCUUGACCGCGUUCUCUACUCCUGCCCUCCCUCCCUCAAAACAAACAAGACUCGGCAAAGCAGUAGUCAGACCAAGCCCACUGGAAUUUUCCUUCUAUUUUAAUAUACCCCUUGCUCUAGGCUUUGGGCCAAGAUACCCAGAUUACUCUUGAGCACUGAUAUAAAUUAUUUAGACCUUAAUCAAGAUCAAAGCUUAACUGUCAUAGUAGGCAGUGCUGGAAUAAGAAAAGCGUUCUGGUACAUUUUCAGAAUGAGUCUUAAUGAACAACAUCCUGUGUACGUACAAGUAAAUGAACAUAAAAUAGAUUUCUGACCAAAACAAGUGAACCUUUCACAUGUAAAACUGGGAGAGAAAAAUAAAAGUGCUUCAGAGUAGGUUUUAAAGAGGUAUUUUAAGAACUACUUCUCCCAGGCUUUUUAAAUUGUCAAAAUAGUUAUUCUGUUUGUUUAAAAAAAAACAAAAACUUUUUUUUAAGCAAUAGAUUUCUCUUGAGUUUUCUUUUUCUUUUCUUCCUUUCUUUCUUUCUUUCUUUUUUUUUUUUUUAAAUGCUGUGCAGGCAAGGCCCUGUAGAAAUCAAAUUCCUUUAACAACUAGUGGAAGAAUUUAAAUUUGGCACCUUUAUCAAAACUACUGUAACCAGUAGAAACAAUAAUAUCUAAAGCUUAAAGACUCCUCAACAGAAUAGCAAAUAUUUUGCUCAGGACAUUUGAGGUCAAAUUUAAAAUGGAAACUUUUCUUAUAAGCCCCUAGAGACAGAUCUGAAAAAGCAUAUAUAGAAGAGGAAAAGGAGAGAAUGAAAAUAAAACUUAAUAUUAUGCAGAUUUAUGCCUUAUUUUUCAGCUUUUUUUGUGUGUGUGUUGGUUCUCUCCAUCUGGUUUUGCUUUUUAUUAGAUCUGUAUAGUUUGGUUAAUUAACCAGUGAUUUAGUUUUAUAUUUAAGCUACAGUUAAUCUUUUCUUUGUUGAUAAUUUAUUUCUUUGCCUUUUUUUAAACUACUUUCCAUUUUUAGAUGUUCUAUUCAGGCUGUUUAGAGCGUCAUCACAAUGGCAAUAUGUAUUUCCCUUAAAACACUGCAAACAAAUAUACUAAGAGUGCACCAUUUUAAACUACUAGUUAUUGUGAGAUUGCUGUGUAAGUUAAUAAACACAUUUGUAAAUACAUUGUUUGCAGGAAGAAAAUUUCUGAGUUACAGCUCAGGAAAAGCCUGCUGAAUUUAUGUUGUAAGCAUUACUUAACACAGUAUAAAGAUGAAAAGACAACAAAAAUAUCUUCAUACUUUCCCAUCCCCUCAUUGCAACACCCUUAACUGGAAGAAUCUUACGCCCCUCUCUUUCCUCUUCCUCCUCCACUUCCCACUUACUGUCACCUUGUAAUGUUCAGAGAGCAUUUGGAUUAUGGGUCUGAAUAGGGAAAUGCUUUCAGAUAAUCAUUAGCCCACAUACCCCAGUAACUUAUACUAAAGACGGGAUGGAGUUGUAAAGUGCUUUUAUAAUACAAUAUUAUUGUUGGAGGCAAGGGUUGACUCUUUUGUUUUAUUUUGACAUGGCAUGUCCUGAAAUAAAUAUCAAUUCAAUAUGGCA